GAAGGAGGAAGAAAAAAGGAGGAGGAGGGAAGAGCGCUGCGCGCUCCCGCCCUCAGCGCCGCGAGGCCGGGGUACAGGGGGUGGAGGCGGCGGCAGGGAGUCUCCGCCUCAGCAGCAGCCGCGACCGCCGCGCUCUCAACUCGGAUGGCCCUUGCGCCCCAUUAGCCAUCCGUAUCUCCCGUGCAGCUGCGGCAGCGGCGAAAGCCGACGGGACGAGGGCGCCAGAGAAGAAGCAGCAGACGGAAGCGGCACCACAGCUCGGAGCAGCAAUGACAUUCCCCCUCACACUCGCCACCCGCCCCGCGGUGAAGAGCAGUAGGAGGAGCCCCCUGGAGUCCGGGCGGAGCUCAGGCUACCUCUGACUCCGCCCCCGACCCAACAGGAACUGGCCCUUCCACCUGUCACAAUGCGACAGGUCCGUUAGGGGGCGGGCACAGAACCGCGGUGCCCACCAAUGGGGGCGCGAGCUGGGGCGUGGCUUAGCCGAACCGCUCUCCCCCACUCCCUCCUUCCUCCCGCCUCGCGCCCGUUCGCCCGGGGCUGCCGUGCUGCGCGGCUACGGCUUCAUUGUCAGUUGAAAGACGCGGUUUCGCGCGCCUGUGUUUGUCGGCAAGGAAGGGUGCUAGGCGGUUCCGCCCGUUGCAUGAAGCUGAGCCAGGACGAGGGGUCGGGAGGUGAUCGAGAACAGCGGAGUAACCUCCAUCAGAACCAGCUCAAGGAAGGCGAACAGCGCUGCGCCGACCGAACGGGCGCUCGCCGGCUCGCGGCGGUCGUGACUUUUAACCCGCUUUGCGCGGAGCGCCCCAUCACGUGACUGAGCGCGCAGGCGCGUUACACUAGUCUUGCGCGCGUGGGACUGGCUGGCGGGGCUCUGCCGCCCGGGGCGCCCGACACAGCCUGCGCAGCCUGUGAGCGUCGGCGGCGGUGCGCGGGUCCACCCUGCCGGCUGCGCCAGGCGUCCUGCUAAAGAGGUUGUGAGCGACGACAACUUUGCCGGCGCUGAAAACUCUUCGGAGCCAGAAAACAAGCUCCCAGCUCCGAAGAGACCUAGGGGGCAGACAA